CAGAAACAUUAUUUUAUUCAGUUACUAAAUUUUAAUAGAGUAAUUUAAUAAAAAAACACGGUACACCAUGGAUGAUCAGGCCUGUCCACGUUGUAAAACAACAAAGUAUCGUAAUCCAUCCCUAAAGUUGAUGGUGAAUGUAUGCGGGCAUACAUUGUGUGAAUCAUGUGUGGAUCUUCUGUUUUUAAAAGGUUCCGGGUCAUGCCCAGAAUGUAUGGUACCACUACGACGAAACAAUUUUCGUGUACAGCUCUUUGAAGAUCCCAUGGUAGAAAAAGAGGUGGACAUACGAAAACGUAUACUAAGAGACUACAACAAAAAAGAAGAAGACUUCAAUUCAUUACUAGAAUACAACGAUUAUUUGGAAGAGAUUGAAUCUAUAAUAUACAAUCUCUGUAACAACAUCGAUAUAAUUGGUACAAAUAAACGUAUUGAACAAUACAAAAAAGAGAAUCGCGAUAUAAUACAGCGUAAUAAAACUCGAAUGGGUCGUGAGGAGUAUGAGUUGGAAGAAAUGCUGGAAUUGGAAAAAGCUCAAGAGGAAGCCAGACGGCAAGAACUACUAGACUUGGAAGCUGAACAAAAGAAAAAGAAAGCACGAGAGAAGGAAGCCUUAAUAGAUGAAUUAAUGUGUAGUGGCAAAAAUGCAUCAGCCAUUGUCAGUGAAUUUGCAGAGAAAGUGGAAAAAUUACGGGAGGAAGAAAAACAGCUGCCACCUCCAAAGCCAGCUUCACAAUUUUCGAGUGGCGUUAAAUUUGGUCGUUCCGCUGAUCAUCAAUUUCUGCCAGUGCCAAAAGUUGAAGAAGGUCCUUUGUACAUACAUGAAACUCCCUUACUAUACGUGGAAGGUCCGCCGAUUCCACCAGUAUACGAAAUUGAAACCAAAGGCUAUAUGUCGCAUGUAAGAGCAGAAAAUUCUAUCGAAAGGGCAGGUGGCUAUCGAGCAACAUACGCAUGUCAGCGAGCACUUCUCGAGGCAAUGCAGGGCUUGUUUCAUGGUUCCAUAACGUACUAAUGUUUAGGUAUUCAAGGGGUGGGAUAUUUUAGUUCUUAAAUAUGAAAUUGGAUUUUCUGUUCUGUUGAAUAAAGAAUGAUUUUAUUAAACUACAGAGCUAA